AUGAAUAUCUCUAAGUUUAUAAUUGUAAUAUUUAUUCAUUCACUCUUAUUGGUUGGUACGAAUGCAGUUCUUCCUUAUUGUUUAUCAGGAAAUGAUACAACCGAUCCAUUACUAGCACAAAACACAUAUUUAAGUGAUAUGAAAAUGAUAUUUUCAAUUGGUGAUACUAUAUCAGCUGGUUUCUUAGCCAAUGACUUAUCAUCGAUCUCGAUCAACGAAUACAGAGGUUUUUCUUUUGUUACAGGUAAUCAAAGUAAUGCCUGGACUCUCAAUAACUUUUUAGCACAAACUGUAUCUACGAUCUCUGGUGGAUCAUCAAAUUUACUUAAUGGAAUUCGUCCUGCCAAUAUUUUCUACCCUAUGUUCGACGGAUUCAAUGGAGCCACCAACUCUACUGGUGAUUCAAUUACUUCACAAUUGAACUUUGUAGUAGGUCAAGCAGUUGGAAAACAUGGAUCAACUUAUUUCAAUAAUCAAUGGAAAAUGGUUACUAUCUACAUUGGAUUAUUCAAAGCUUGUACCAUUUGCCAAACUCCACUUUCUGCUUACAAAACCAACAUUGUUUAUUGGGGUUCAUUCUUUACUGAAAUUCUAAAUAACGUAUUAGAGAAGUAUCCAUCUAAAACAAUUAUUAACUUUGUUGGAAUGCCAAAGCUUUCACAAUUUAAAUCAACAACCCCAUCAUCUUGCUCUGCAUUUAACCAAAUUAAUAACAUUUGUCCAUGUCUAUGGAGUCAGUCGGAAUCUGAUCUCGACACUGUAAUCAAUGCUGUAAAUAUUGGUAUUAAAAAUACCAUUAUCAAUUGGAGUCAAAAUAUCGAUCCAACCAAAUCCACCAUUGGACUGAACUAUCUCCCAUUUUUAACUGAUACUGUAUUCCCAACAUCUACAUUAUCACCAAUUGAUUGUUUCCAUCCCAAUGUCGAUGGCCAGAGACUCAUGACUAUUGGAUUAUGGAACAAUCUACGACAAAGUAAGGUUUCCUCUGUAACUACUUCUACACCUUUGGUCUGUGGUGCUCCUUAUCUUCCAAUCUUCGACCCAAAUGCAACUUUUUAA